CCCCACUCCCACGCAUGAAACCAAGUGAGAGCUGAUUCACCUUGGCGAUGCAGGGUUAUGGAGAGUUUGAAAGGAGUUCAAGGCUUUGGUAAAGCGUUCAACAGACCAUGAGGUCCUGGGCUUGAACUGGAAUUCUCAGCAGCAUAUUCUCCGUCUCCAUGGCAACAUUUGAAAAGCCGGCGUGUCGGCCAGCUCAGUAGGAGUUUGUUUUUCACCACAGAACCGGAGCGCUCCGGCCUCAACUCUCUGCAAAGUGGGAGAGGAGGGAAAGCAGAAAAGUUGUGGAGGAAGUUUUCAUCCAGUGUUUAGUUUAACCAACAGGUAUCUCCCAGACAUCCUUCAGACUGGACCAUGUUCUCCCUGUCGGAACUGGCGCCUGUGGAUCCGCAUCAGAACACGUGGAAGCUGCUGAAGCCCUGGUGGGAGGUCUUCAUGGACUACCUGGUGGUCCUGAUGCUGAUGACGUCCGUCCUGGCUUGUACUGUGCAGCUGUCCAGAGACAGGGUGGUGUGUAUUCCUGCUGAACUGCCUUUCAACGCAAGCAACGGUGUUCAUCCACCAGUUGGCAGCGACGCAGUCCUCGCGUCUUCUGAAGCCCCUCUGCAUGUUCCUCACAGCAUCGGCCCGAAUCUCCAGUCACCUGCACAGGGACGUCGCACACAUCUGGUCUACCAGCAGUACAUUUUUGUUAGCCAGGUAUGCUACCACGAAGCCUUACCCUUCUGUUCACGCUUCUUCCCCUACAUGGCCCUGCUGCAGUCUCUGCUGUUGGCCGCCAGCGGCUCCUUCUGGCUGCACUUCCCUCACACCUCUUCCCGCAUAGAACAAUUCCUGUCCAUUUUGGCAAAAUGCUGCGAGUCCCCCUGGACGUCCCAGGCCCUGUCCCAAGCUGCACGGCAGGAAAACAUCCGAGACCUGGAGAGACCGCCUCGCCACGCCGCCGCGUCGGCAGCUUGGUUUUCGAUUGCGCCGGCCUGUACGAGCCACUCAAGCACAGGCUCCGGCACAGACAGCCCACUUUUGAAGAAGUCGGCCUACCCACCUUCUCCUUGCCCUUCCACAGUCUCCUCUAAUUCCACCAUGUCGUCUGUGUCCCUCGGCUCUGAGGUGCACUUGUGCUCUUCCGAGCCUUCAGUGAACAGUGAACGCCCCGGGCAGGUUUCGAGUCUGGAUAGAAGUGAUGGAGAACAGGCCAGGGCCCUGUUUGAAAGAGUCAGGAAGUUUCGGUCUCACUGCGAAAGCUCCGCUGUCAUUUAUAAGGUUUACUUGGCUCAGACGAUAUUUAAACUGCUGAUGGUAACGCUGAUCAUGAGCUACACCGUCCCAUUCCUCGGCUCCCUCUCCUUCAGCCACGUCUGUCAGCCUGCAGAGCGAACGCUAGUUGGCUACACAACCUUCGAAUGCGUCCACUCGCUCUCCUCCCUCCUGCGCAAGCUGCUUGUGACCUACCUAGUCCUUCUAGGGAUUUAUGCGCUUCUUAAUUUUUACACCCUCAGCUGGAGUUUUCGCAGCUGCCUUCGAAAAUAUUCCUUCCGCUCCCUGAAAGACAUUCCCGAUCUGAUGAAUGACCUGGCCUUCCUCAUCCACAUGCUGGAGCAGUACGACCCCCUGCUGGUGCAGCGCCUCUCCGUGUUUCUGUCGCCGGUCAGCGAGAGCAGACUGCUGGAGCAAAGCCUGGAGAGGCACUGGGGAGAAGAGAAGCUCCAGGCUGUGACCAGCGUGGACACAGACGGCUGCAGCUCCCUGCAGCUCGUCGCCCUGCCUCGCCUCCCUCCGGCUCUGUUCACCCUCAACCAGCUUCAGGCCCUCAAACUGGAGCUCAUCGCUGACGCCAGGUUUACUUCGCAGGUGGCAAACAUGACUUCACUCAGGGAGCUCCACCUUUACCACUGCCCCGCGGCUGUGGACCCCGGUGCGCUCCCGGUCCUCCAGGAACGCCUUGAGAUUCUCCACAUCACCUUCGCUCAGGCGUCACAGAUCCCCAGCUGGGUCCUCUCCCUCCGCAACCUGCACGAGCUCCACCUUUCGGGUCGCUUGGGCGGCGAGAGCGGCGUCGGUCACGGCUGGGCUCUGGGGAGCCUGCGGCAGCUCCGGCACCUCCGGGUUCUGGUGAUCCACGGGAUGCUGCAGAGGGUUCCGUCAGAGCUGUGCGAGGUGGCAGGAAGCUUACUGAAGCUGGAGAUACACAACGAAGGCGCGAGGCUGCUUGUGCUGACGGGACUCAAGCGAAUGGUGGACCUGACAGAACUCCGGCUGCAGGACUGCCAGCUGGACCGCCUGCCCUCGGCCCUGCUCACGCUGACUCGCCUCCAGACGCUCGACUUGCAGCACAACAACUUGAGAACCCUAGAGGAACUGCUCGGUCUGGUCCACCUGCAGCGUCUCUCUUGCCUCAAACUCGCCUACAAUCGUGUGUUGGCGCUGCCGCCCACCGUCGGCGUCCUUCGAGGCUUGGAGAUUUUGGAUCUGUCCAACAACCAGCUGAAGAGUCUGCCCCCGGCGCUCUUCACGCUCCACCGGCUUCGUCGGCUGCUGCUGGCUGGCAACCUGUUGCCUGAGCUGCCCUCUGAGGUCAAGGCGUUGGGGCUGCUGACAGAACUAGACCUGAGUGGAAACAGGUUAGAGAGCCUAACCUCUGACCUCUUCAGCUGCUCGGAGCUCCGCGUACUAAAUGUGUCUCACAACUCGAUCGGUUCACUGCCUGUGGGAAUUUCAGCGUUGAGCCACCUGUCCAGGUUGGAUUUGCGCAGCAAUAGUCUGGAAGAGCUGCCUGCUGAGCUGGGCUGCUGUUUGGGGCUCUGUGGAGGUGGGCUGCUGGUAGAGAGGUGGCUCUUCCUCUCCUUGCCUCCUCACGUCAGGGACUUCCUGAGCCGUUCUCACGCCACCAGCGAGGGAUACUUCGAGGAUCACUCCAGGCCAGAGUCGGACACUUUCCAGUACUCUCCCGCUCAGUGGAGCUUCUCUUCAGCUCUAGAGUCACAGAUAUAAGGCAAAGCUGGCCUGUAAAGAUGGCAUUGAGCAACUGCGCGAGACGUAAACGCCCCACACUGUCUUAUGCAGUGAUGUUGGUUCCAAAGCUCUAUUGACCAAUACUAGGAGCUGAACGUAGAAGGCAGCUCUCCUCAUUAGCAUAAAGAUGCACACAGAGAAGCAGAAAAAGGAGAGGAGGCCAUGACAAAAGAAGGAGGGAUUGUAUAAAGAAAAGACAAAACAAAAUAUCUACUUUUCUUGACAAAAACGCAUGUUUAGGGGAAAUGAAAAAGAACUAUAAAUUUCUUGACGGAAACUUGUGUGUAAGGAAAAGGAAAAACUAAAUAUAUAUUUAUGUUUUUAUUUCUUGUAUCAGUUUUGGUCCUCCAUAUAUAUCAGCAUGGUAAUGCUUAGUAAAUCAAGUAGCAUAAAAAAAACCUAUACACGUCAUUUGUACAAAACAUUACAGCAGCUUAAUUUUACACUGGAGUACUUCAUUAGGUAUGCCUGUUUAAUUACUUGUUAACAUAAAUAGUGAAUCAACCAAUCCCAUGUUAGCAACUCAAUGCAUGUAGGCGACUAGACACGGUGAAGACGGCUUGCUCGAGUUCAAACUGAGCAUCAGAAUGAGGAAGAAACUGCUAUUGGGGAGAAAACAGGAUAGUGAACGUAGACAGAGUUGGAGAUUUUUCCCUCGGGGUGAGCGCAGAGAGACUGACGAUUGGUUUUAUGGAGAAAAUCUUACUCAACUGUAAGCACGGACCAAAAAGGAUGUGUAGCUCUGGAUCUAACAAUGACACUGGUGAUUAUGUAUGUCUGUAUUAACAAAAGAGUGGUUUAAUUCUCUGCUUUCAGAAGAAUAAAUUUCAUUCUGUGAAUACUUUUUGUUACUUUGUUUGAUUUUGGUGGCCUUCACUUAGUUACUUCAUGAUAUAUUUCUUAACUGGAACAAUAACAAAUUGUGCACACACUGCAACUGAAUUUAAUAUUUUGUGCUGUUUUAGUAAAUGUACAAAUGUAGAUGACUAAAGAAUGGACCAUUUAGUCAUCUACAAAUGGUAGCUGACUAAAUGAUAUAAAAAACUUUCAAAGUAAAAUAUAUUUGAAUACAUAGACUAUCAUAGCACAUAAGCAUUUUAAAAAUAUACAUACAUUUUACUUACUCCUUGCAAGUGAUUAUAAGAACUUCAUCACAUAAAUCAAGAUGUGCUUGGUACACUGAGAAAGCCACAAACCUUUAAUUGAAUGAAGGAGGUGAUGUGAAUAGAAGUUGCCCUUUGAAAAAAAAAUUCUAGAUUUGUUUUCCAUUUGUCUUUAUAUUUUAUUCACAUUUAUUUUUGUCAUGAAUGCUUUAGUCCUAGACGUUUUAAGUGCUUAUAUAGAGAUUGAUGGAUAUAUAUUUUAUGUUCAUUCAGCAUCUAUGCACCACAAAUCUGGAACAAACUUCCAGAAAACUGUAAAACAGCUGAAACACUGACUUCCUUUAAAUCUCAACU